UGACAUGUCAGGGUCCCUACAACAGAGACGAAAGAGACCACCACAUCACCCCUUCCAUUCUUCCGAGAUAAAACCGAACAAGCCAAAAAGAAACCCACAGCACAACGAAAACCUCACCAUUUCUUUCCCCCAUUCUCCUUGGACGAAGGAAAGAAUCCGACCAUGGCAGACUCAGCGGCAGAGUCUCGCGCGGAAGCCGGCGGCCCUACUCCGAACGCAGCGGACGACUUCGAGUUCUGCAUCUUGUCGUCCGGCGGCCUCGUCCCGGCCGGCAAGGCCGCGGAGGCGGACAUGUGCGUGGCCGACGAGCUGUUCUGCCAAGGCAAGCUGCUCCCGCUCCGCCCCUCCUCGGCCGCGGCUGCCGAUGGCGCCAGCGUUGUCACGCUGCUGCGGUCUGAGUCUGUCGGCCUCGUGUCGCGGUCCGGCAGCCGCAGCGCGAGCUCCAGCAGCAGCAGCAGCGGGUGCGUCAGCCGGAGCCAGUCGUCCAAGAGCGCCUCCUCCGAGCACGGCGGCGCCCCCGCCCCGCCGCCGCGGCGUUCGCUGUCGAGCAGCGUGUUCUACGCGCAUCCGAGCCCGUCGCCGCAGCUGCGCUCGGCGCGGCCGCGCCGCAGCACCGAGUCCGCGCCGCCCCCCGCUGCGUGGGGCCUGUUUCGCCUCGGCGUCGUCGGCGCCCCGGACGUGUACCCGCCGCCGCGCCCCGCAGAGGCCAAGAUCGCCGCCGCCGCGUCGAGAGGCGGCGGCAGCAGGAGCGCGAGGUUCGAGCAGGCGACCGCCGCCGUUGACAAGAAGCUUGGGUUAGUGGGGCUGCUCGGGGACAGCCUCGGGUGCAAGUGCUCGCCCGACGCUGUCGAUCCCGCGUGCCUGCAGGAGGCGGCGAAGCGGAACAGGAAGAAGGGCAGCGCGAAGAGCGGCCAGGGCGUUCGUCGUAGAAGGAUCCUGGACUGGCUUGAAGAGCUCUCCAUUAUCAAGGAGAAGAAGUGAUGCAGGUUGGUGCGUCAAGAUCAUGACUUCAUUGGAGACUAGAGCUGUGUAUGAUCAAGGAAACAUUUUUUUUCACCUUUUUUAGAUUUUCCCGAGUCUGACUAGCGCGGCUGGCGAGCAAUGCUAUGCAAAAGAAUUAAUGAGCAAUAGCCAAUUGCUCAUAACUUCCGGUUGUACAGGCGGAAUUUGACUUCAUGAUAGCUAUCCUUGUUCUCUGUUCCAUUUUCUUUCUUCAAAAGACCUCUGUUCCAAAAUUAUGCAAUUUUGUUCAGAAAAAAAAGCUAAAAUUACGCAAUUCUAGCAAAUCAGCACUUCUUGCUAGAACAGUCCGGAAGGGACAAACUUUUUGAAAAAUUCAACUUCCAUGUACUUUUACACCCGUGCUCACCUGUGGCGCUGCCGGUCAAUGCAAGUAAAUAAAUAAAAA